CCAGUCUCUCCACACAGAUACCCCAGAUCUCCUGCGAAGCAUCCUACACAAUGGGCUUUCAACUGAGGCAGCUCUGGUCAGCGCCAGAGAUCAACCCCUACAACAAGAAAGCGAAGUCGAUUCCUAUCUUCAACCCUGUCGACAAAUAUGGCCGUGUAUUCUUCUUCAGUUACCUCGGAUUCUUCAUUGCGUUCUGGUCAUGGUACGCGUUUCCGCCUCUACUAAGCAUCAGUAUCAAGAAGGACAUGCACCUGUCUCAAAAUGAGGUUGCCAACUCCAACAUCAUUGCACUGACUGCGACACUGCUCGUGCGAGCUAUCGCCGGUCCUAUGUGCGAUAGCAUUGGCCCGCGCAAGACCUUUGCUGCCCUGCUCUUCAUGGGUGCGAUCCCCACUGCGCUUGCAGGUACUGCGAAGAACGCUAUGGGUUUGUACUUCAUUCGUUUCUUCGUCGGUAUCCUCGGCGGCACCUUUGUUCCUUGCCAGGUUUGGACCACCGGGUUCUACGACAGGAACAUUGUCGGAACUGCCAACGCGCUUGUCGGCGGAUGGGGCAAUUCUGGUGGUGGUAUCACUUACUUCGUCAUGCCUGCCAUUUACGAUUCUCUCCGUCUUGAGCGUGGCCUGUCUUCUCACGUGGCAUGGCGCGUAUCCUUCAUCGUUCCUUUCAUCCUCAUCGCCCUCACAGCGACCGGUCUUCUGCUCCUUACCGAUGACACACCCACCGGCUCCUGGGCCGACCGAGGUGCUGUAGUUGUCCGCGGUACUCACCAAGCCAAUGUCGUUGCCACCACUGGCGGUAUUAUGGACAAGCCUGAAGCAACCUCUGGAUCCAUCAGCUCCUCGGAUGAGAAGAAGAAGGGACCUGUGCGCGACAUCGAGUCUGCUUCCACCUCUGACGAUGGCCAGAUCCUUGACGAAGUUCAGCACGAAGUUGUCGUGAAGCCAACCUUCAAAGAAGCCAUGAAGGUCUUGGUCUCCCCACAGACUAUCAUGCUGUGCGCCGGAUACUUCUGCUCCUUCGGCGGUGAGCUCGCUAUCAACUCCAUCCUCGGCUCCUACUACCUCAAGAACUUCCCCUCCCUCGGCCAGACCCAGUCUGGUCGGUGGGCAGCCAUGUUUGGCCUCCUCAACGUUGUCACCCGCCCGCUCGGUGGCUUUAUUGGUGACCUAAUUUACAAGUACACCAACGGCAGCCUGUGGGCGAAGAAGUUCUGGAUCCACUUCGUCGGUGUCAUGAGUGGUAUCUUUCUCAUCGUCAUUGGCAAGCUCAACCCCCACAAUCUUGAUACUAUGAUUGGUCUUGUUGCGCUGAUGGCUAUCUUUAUGGAGGCUGGCAACGGCGCUAACUUCGCGCUGGUGCCUCACAUCCACCCUCACGCCAACGGUAUCUUGUCCGGUAUUGUUGGUGCGACGGGUAACUUCGGUGGUAUCAUCUUCGCUAUUAUCUUCCGCUACCACCCUGGUCAGUAUGCGCGUGUUUUCUGGAUCAUGGGUUGCAUGAUCAUUGCGCUCAACAUUUGCUUGGCGUGGGUCAGACCUAUUCCUAAGGGCCAGGUUGGUGGUCGCUAG